ACAAAAUUCAUAAUUGCUCAAUUUGAACUAGUAGAGAGUCAAAGGGGUUUUCCAUGCCUAAAACCCUCUGAUUUCAUCACAGCUUCUCCAUUUCCUCCAUACAUUUCCCAGCAGUUCUACGUAAUCGGAUGGCCACCGCCGCCGCAUCGGCCGCCGCCAGGUCCGUUUUCCGGUCAUCAUCUGUCCGCAAUGCCGCUUCCAAAAUUGCAUCCGAAUCGAAAACUGUUCCUUCAUCUUUUCGCGCAGCUUCUAGAAGUGCUCUCUCCAAUCGUAUCUUCAGGUGUCCGGCUGAGAUGAGCGCUUGUGUGGAGUCACUGCAACCUUACCACACAGCCACUGCUUCAGCCUUGAUGACUUCCAUGCUGACUGUCUCCAUGCGCAGUUACGGUUGGCUAUCAGAAGCUCAAAAUGACGAUGUGUGAUGAUUCUUUUGGGGGAGCUGGAGCAAACAUUACCAGUUUGUUCUUCCUAACGACGUGGUGCCAACUGCCAUGUAAAGAAGUUAUAUGAGUGAGUAGCCAAGGAGGAGCUUCUGGGUAUUCUGCAUUUCCAAACAUAAACAUUGAGGAACUGGAUCUUAACCUUUUGGAACACUUGGGGAAAAAUAUAAUCUUCUUGGAGCUUACUUGAUGUAGCGACGAGUUGGUAGUGAUUAUACUUUGUAGAUUUUGGAAUCAUAUAACUUUCUAUAUCAUGUUUUUGUACACUAGGAUACCUGAGCUUUUCCUACCAAUAACUACCGUGUCACAAA